AUGGAUGUCCCGAUCGCAGCCAAUGUCCUGGGCACCACCGGUGCAGUCUGCUGGUCCGUCCAGCUUCUGCCUCAGAUCUUCAUCAACUAUCGGCGCCACGACACCGAAGGACUGCGGGCGUCCAUGAUGAUGCUGUGGGCCAUCGCCGGCGUCCCGCUUGGCGUGUACAAUAUCGUCGAGGAGCUGAAUGUGGCGCUGCGCGUCCAGGCCCAGAUCCUGACUUUUCUCAGCCUUGUCACCUGGGCCCAGUGUCUUUACUACGGAAAGAAAUACUCAAUCUCGAGGUGUGCCGCCGCGGUCAUGUCUCUUCUUGUGAUACUGGGAGGUAUCGAGACCGGCUUGAUCUUUGCCCUGCGUGCCGCUAAAGACCGGGGUUUUGAAUGGCCGAUGAUUCUGAUGGCUGUUCUAAGCGCAUGCUUUCUUGCUGCGGGUGUUCUGCGACACUACUGGGAUAUAUACGUGCAUCGCACCGUGCGUGGAAUCAGCUUUAUCUUCGUCGGAAUUGAUGCCGCUGGUGAUUUAUUCUCGCUCGUAUCCAUCGUGUUUGAAUCGCAGAUAGACAGCCUGGGCAUGGUGAUAUACGGAACCGAGCUGGUGCUGUGGAUCGGGGUUUUCAUCUGCGGCUUCGUGUUUAAUUUCCUGCCUUGGAUUACAGAGCGAUCGAAGAAACAGCGAGCUGCUGCAAGAGAACCAGUGACUCUCCACCAGAUGCCAUCGUCGACAUCUGUUUUCCGGACGGCGUCUGGGUCUGAUGUCGUGAGGAGAAUCCCACAACGCUCUUAG